CCGAGAUCAAAACAGUUUUUGUACGUAAUGGGCCGUUAUCCCCUCAUUCCUUCUAGUUCGGCUCGAGCGGUCGUGAGGUGUACGUCGCGAGCGCGUUAAUCGCGACGAAAUCAUUGUAAAAGAUCUGACGAAUUAUAUCGCGAAAGCAGCUGAGGUAUUCAAAGUAUUUCAGCGGAUGGUGGCACCGGAGGAUCCGGUUCGGGCAGAAUAAAAUCGGCUUGAAGAUUAUCAUGCAGAAUAUGGCCGAUCCUGAGUUGUUUGAAAGUAAACUGCGCAAAUAGCCGGUAUAGUCUCCGCAGAAAUAUUGCGGAGCUGUCUUCACAAAAGGAAUGCUACAUGGCGUUAAUCUUUUACGCCAUUAUUGCGAUCGCAUCUUUAAGGUCGCAUUGUUUUUAUUCGCGAGUCACGAAUGUUUCCAAGUAUCGGGAAGUGUCAUAUCGUAAAAGACACUUAUUUAACAGACUUGUAUAUGUCGAUUUCACUUUCGCGUUUCGCUGAUCAAAUUCGUAAAUCUUGUUCCGACACAAGUUGCAGCAUUCCGUUGAUACAAUUACGUUCGCUAUAGUUAUUAAAGUGUGAACAUCAGUCGCGUCGCGAACAUAGUGAAGUGAAGUGCAAUCAACAACCGGCAGAGCAACGACCUUCAUCGAUGGAUCUGGCUAGACUUGACUGGUGGAUUUGAGAUGUUACGGACUUGUUGGUUCUAAACGUCGCGGGACGUCGAUAGAUUUCAACGCUAAUUGUUUGCUCGUCCUGGGUCUUACGCCUCGUCGUGGUAUGGAUGAUACAAAUGUGCGGUUUACGUCGUGGACCUAGUGUUCGUUGCGUGACGGUCGGUGAAAUUUUAACUUACAUUUUUUGGGGGGGGAACGUCCGGUUUCGAGCGUUGUUGGCCUGCAUGCGGUGUGGUAGUGCUUGAAUCGUGAAAAUUUCAUCAGUCAGUGACAAGAACAAAAGCCGUGUUAUCGUGCUAAAGGUAUUAAAUCAUUGUGAAAUUGUGGUGAAUCGUACACUUUUUACGUUGAUCCCGAUGUUUUGGUUUCGCCACGAUUCAAUCUCGGGAGAGACUCGACGCCAAAUCGCGACCAGGCAACUUUUUGCUGUUGCGAAGAGAAACCGACUUCGAAUAAAUAACGGUCCCCGUCUUUGAAUGCGCUUCUUCGCGGACUCAUUACCAGCAGACCGUGACGGUAACUUACAGUGUCAACGGCGUCUGGAGUAACUGCCGAACAGACGGAUCUCCAGGGAUUCUGCUUCUGCUGAUGUGAUCGCCAAGACCUAUCUCGAGUAUAAGGCCCACUCACACGAUUGAUUACUUCCGCGAAGUCUCAUUGUUGUCAACGAAGGAAUUCCCAAAUUGUUCACACACGCUCACGUUCCACUGGCUCGCUCUCCCCCGUUCGUCACUUUGGGCCCUACGCCGUGGUGCUCCGAGGGGCACCGCAACCUCCUUAAGCGUCUUUGAUCUCAGCGACCAUUGGAGCAGGAGAAAAGGCGUUCGCAGGUGGCCGUCGAAAAUGCGCUGUUUCGGAGCCACUGGAGGGCGCUCCCGAGGGAUAACGAGGCACGAGGCCCAUGACGAGUAUCGGGCUGCUACAUCGCGAGCAGAUCGCCGGGUAUGCGGAAGACGCGCCGCCGUUGGGGGACAGUGAUUGAGAGGAUCCGGUCGACGUCGGGAGAGCCGAGUCGCAGGCAUUAAAAUGUCCCAACCAGAAUUGAUCAGCGAUUUGGACGUGUCGGAAAGCACGCAGCAUCCGUGUCAGUGUUCCGCGAUCAACAACAUGGACCCCCUUAGAACCCCGAGGGACAGGACGGAGAGGAACGUGGGCAGCACCAGAAUCUCUAAUAACAGUCAAGAUCUUCAGCGCAGUUUGGAGACCUUGCAGAGCGCUUUUGAACCAAUACGCAGAUUGGAGAGCCCUCACCAGGAUAACUCGCAGAUCAACCUGGACAAUACCAGGAACGUCGAUCUGUUGGAGCAUCAGACGAACAUCUCGUCCAAUUCUAGAUCCAUCAACAAUCAGAGCUCGAUGUUGUCACGACACGGUCAUAACCUCUCCUGUAGCCCGCGCAACUUAGAUCUCUCUCGCAAUCUGGCGUUCGAAGCGGCGCGACGCGUCCAAGAGAGCUCGAACCUGCAAGACAAUCAGCACAGCUUGACCUCGAGUCCUAGCCCCUUGCUGGAACCUGGAGCGAAUCUGCUCGAGACGACCAGCAAGGAGCUAGACAAGCAGCUUGAAGAGCACGCCGGCUUGUCGCAAAAACAGAAUACCGCUAAGGAUAAGUUGAAGAGCGUUCAGCAAGUUCUAAACCCUUACCAGCACCAUCAUGAGCCCGCGGCGGUCGAUCGCGGCGUGCACGGUCACUUUCACGGCGAUAUGCACGCCCACAUUCACAAGCACGCCGAUAACUUCAGAAGCGCCACGAAUCUGGACGCUGGUGAAGGCUUGAUGAGCUAUCAGCAGCACCAACGGCAACACACGCAUCAUCAUCACGGUAACACGAAGACCGGCGUCGCUCAUCAUCACGGAUCCGGGGCGCAUCACCCGCAUGCGCAGGCCAUCGCCGGACAUCAUCACGGUAAUCUGGCGGCUAGUCUCACCGGUCACGUUCAUGGGAAUUCUGGGCCUUUGAGCGCGUCUGGUUCCAGUUCCAUUAAUCAGACCAGUUCUACCACCCCGACCGGACACCAUCACCCGACGUCGAUGCCCAUCACCGCUACGAUAAACCACGUGAAUUCUCCGCACAGUCAUCAUCGGCUCGGCACUGGUUCCAGCUUGACUCACCACUCGAAUCCCGCCUUCCCCAGUGAACACCAUGGCACGUCCAGUGCUUUGAGCGGUGCGUCUUCCAACUCGAGUAUGAUGAACCACGGGGGCUCACCUGCGGUGCAUCGCCACGUGGUUAACGUCAACAGUAGUCUGUCGACGACGCCGCUGGGUGGCCAUCAUCAUGGUAGUUCGUCGGGCAGUUUGACGACCGGCCACUCCAGCGUCAAUCAUCAUCACGUCAGCUCCGGCAUAUCCUACGAGUCUUCGUCGUCGAACGCCAACACCAGGACUCACAGCAGGCUGGACCAUGUUCACGAUCAUCAUCACCACCUGCAGUCGGUGCACUCGUUGCACUCGAGUCAUCCCGACACCAGGCAGCGGGACAGAGCGCCUUCCAGCUUGGAUCAUCAUGGGCACCAUCAUGCUCAUGUCCACAAUCAUGGCCACCCGCAUGGGCAGAGCGACACCAAAAACGUGUCUCUGAUGGGUGUCGACGCAAUUCAGGUUUCGGCCCCUACGAAGAACAAGUGUCAAUGUCACGUGGUGCAGCAACCCGGAGGAAACAAUAGAGGUGCCGAGGGUGAGAGUGACGGAGGCGUCGAGGUGACAUCGAGAACGCAUCAACCCCCCGCUCUUCCGCCACGUCCACCGCCGAGACCAACAAGACGCUACGAGACAACCGCUGCCAAUCAAUGUCACACCGGCGAAGGCGGCUGCUGCAAGAAGUACGUCGUCCUCUGCUGCCUUUGCGGCGGCCUGAGCGCGGCGGUCGGCUGUCUGUUUUUGGCGGUGCACGCGGUCCUCUCGGCCCACACGGCCAGUUUAGCGCUCUUCGAGACCGUGCCGUCUUACAUUCCUGGCAUUAUGCUGAUCCUGAUGGGUCUCUUCACGAUGCUACUAGCUAGGCGAAAGCACAGAUACGGACUUCUGAUGAAAGUCUGCGGUUCCGUAGGAGUGGUGUGCGCGAUGGUGUGCGUUCUCGUCACCGUCACCACCACGGUGAUCCACAUGUCUCGCUUGCAGGGACUUCGCGAAUGCGUUUACACCGCGCGCGCGAGAUCGUGCACGUGUUACGGCGCACCGCAAUCGAAAGGAGAUCCCGGAGUGCUAUUUGAGGGAACGCCUCACUGCGAGGCAGUGCACGGCGCGCUGUCGGACUGCCUGAGGGCCCUCUUCGGCGUCUCGGUGGCCGGUAUAUUGGCCUGCAUAUUCUCAUGCAUGCUGGUGUACCAAUUGUUGAGUCACGAGAAGAAGAAGAUGUACUGGGAACAGUUGGAGCUGCGAUGCAGGUCGCUGUACGGCCAAGGAGGCGCCGUCGGACCGCCGGCUGGAUCCUGCGGAUGUUGCAACGACUGCGGUGGCGCGAGUCCGUGGUGGGCCCAGACGCCGGGUAAUCUCUACACACCGAAUCCCGACAUAGCGCCGUCCAGGAGAUGGCGGCUGCCUUGGUCCAGGUCAAGAGGUCCGGCACCAAGUCCAGACUCAAAUUACGGCUUUCACACACAAACACGACCGGCGGAAGCUAACGUGGAAAGCAGUACGGGACCUUACAGUGUCCUUAAUUCGCAGUCGAGUGGUCCUUACUCGGUCUUGAAUACUCAGAACGCCCCGUACACGCCGAGCACCGCGUCCUACAGCGUUCUGGAAGCACCUGUGCCAUUGUGGGGACCUCCGCCUCCUUACAGCGACCCUAACAGUCCAGCCAGACGGCCACAGGUGUCCGAGUCGAGGGCCAGAAUUGCUAAGAGGAUGGAUAACUUUGAGAAUAACGAAGAUCACAGGACGCGAUCAGCGAAGCGGCCUUCCGACAAUUACGAGAACGCUGAGGAGAUUUCCAACAGCACGGAUCCCGAAGGUGGAAACGAAGGAACGAUCAAAGGUAGGAGAGCCAGGAAGCCCUUGAAGGGCGUGGAGAACGGGGCAUUUCAGCAGGAGGCGAAUCCUGGCCCGAAGCAGUCCGAGAGCGAGCUGUAUUUCGGUGACGUGUCUUCGUGCUGCGGACCCGAAAGUAGUUUUUACGAUCUAGCUGUGGAGAAAGAAGGCGCGGAGCACACAGAAGGUGUUGACUACCUGGCGGCCAGGCUGGGCAAGCGUCAGCUGUCGAAGAGAUCGCGGAUGCCUCUUCCGUUACCAGCCGAUAAUGGUGAUAUUCCGUCUGACAAUUACGCGAACAGCGACGAGCCGAGGAACUCGAGGGGCCCGUUUCUCGCGCCGGAUGCGCAGUACGAGGUGAUCCAGCAGGGUCGUUACUCCUAUUACGCGUCGAAGGACGACGAGGAGCUGCAGGAGGGUCCGGCGAAUUCUGGUUACUUCCGCGAGGACGAGAACGAGAGAGGCAGGGAAAGAGAUUAUAGGGAUUACAGGAGCAGUCAAGAGGAAGAGACGCCGCAAUGCUGCCUCAGCGACUCGACUACAUUGGACUCUGGUUGGCAGAGCGGGGAGCAACCGCAAUCGGACGAUAACGUGCGACCGGUGAACGUGUGACCCUAGAUGAUCGUAAGAAUCGAGUGUGAACAAAGUGAUGAGAGCGAUCGAUGACUUUUGUUUGCUCGUCUUGUCUCUCUUGCGGAGAUAUUCGCUGAUAAACUAUUAGCGCCGCGGAGAGACGCGCGACCAUAGUUUCUGACUUGUGAAUACGUAAUUUAGAUCGAUCGUAAGUAUACCAGAGUUGAAAUUUUAGUUCUACAUUGACCAGUCAGUCCUGCAGUCAGACUCCGUCGAAUUUGAAGAGCCAAUGGAGAAUCUGGAGAUAUAAUAUUAUGCAGUCUAUUGCUUUUUUACUUUUUACAAACAAUUAUUUAUUGCUGUUUUGUUGAGACUUAAAGAAGUCUUAACAAAACGGCAAUAAAUUAAUCAAAGAAUUAUUUAAAAUAUUUCAGUGCCUUAAUAGUCUACUUGCGUUGAAUUCUUUCUUCAUUUGUAAUUUUGAUUUAAUGCAAUUUAAUGCAUCUAAUAAUGCUCUUUUGGCUAGAAAUUCUAUCUUGUUGAUAUCCGUCAGUGCCUUCUUUCUAUUUGUAUUUGUCAUUGUAUUGAAAUCACAUUUAAAUAUCUAUUACACUGAGAGAAAAAAUAUUUAAAAAUUAAUAAAUAUUUAUUUGGUAGGAAUACUAACAUAUUUACUUAAAUUUAAAUUCUUUUAUUCAAAUAGAAUAAAUAAUUGGUUUCUUAAAAAAGAUUUUCUGAAGGUUUUGAGAAAAUGUAUAUUUUUAUGUGAAAAAUUCAACAAAUAAAUAUUUAUUAAUUUUUGAAUAUUUCUUUCUUUCAGUGUAGUAGCAUUAUUAUUUAACAUUAUUGGACACAUAUCUUUGCUGACUUCGUCCUUCCAACCCCCUUUUUCAUCUUUUUCAAAUCUCUAACCAAAAUUUCUUAUCAAAAUUUCUAAUGUCAAAAGAGAAAACAUAAAAGGAUUAUGUUCUUUUAUGUAUCUACUUGUCCAUUAAUCUUUAUUAGAUUAUUUAAUAUUUGCUUAUCGUAUACUUUAUCUGAAGUCAAGUAUAAUUAAAUUACACAGUUAAUGCAUUUUUUAUUGAAAUAUAGAUAGAAUAUAGAUACUAUUGAGUAUUAAAUCAUUCUCAUAUGUUUCUUGAAGUCUCAAUAUGGAAGAAACACUAAUAAGCAACUAUUUGUAAUGUCAAGGUAGGUCAAUAAUCCGUAUAAUGUUAUAUCUUGAGAUUUUCCAUCGAUUCUUCAAGUUCAUCGGUAUUUGCAGGAUUAAUAUAGAACUAAAAUUUCGACUCGGGGCAGAUCCCGUCCUCGGCGACGAGAGCGCGCGUCCGAAGUCGAUAAGAGUUUCGCUUGCCCUUCAAUUCUCGGGUAAAAUCCAUUAAAUGCUUUAAAGCAUUCUAAGUAUAUAAUGAAUGUAACUAAACUUGUGUAUAAGGGAAAACGCUUGGAUGCUUAUAAAACGUUUAGCGGAUUGCACUAUUCGACUGUCGGGACGUAGAAGUUAGGAACGAUAGACGCAUUGCCCUAGACGGGUGACGCGUACGACGAUAGAUUCGUCAUGUAGAGCGAACAUAGAAUGGAACGUAGUUAAGUCGUGGAAACGACGCGCUAGCGGUAAAUUCAUUAGACAAAUUACGAAAACGGCAAAUCUGAGAAGAAUGCGCGUGUUUCGGUUCAUAUCCUACUAAAUUUGCUUCCCACCGAAAUGAACGGAUCGUCGCUAAAAACAAUGCAUGAUUUUGAGCGAUCUAUAGAGCCGCAACGUCAAGCGUAUUUUCUUGUAAAAAUGAUAGUCGUGUAAGAUAUAGAAGUAAACUCUGAUAAAAUUCAAAAUAAGGUAUAAUGGGAUCUUUAAGAGCUAAAGCACGGGUGUUCUACUGCUAUAAAUUACUUAAAUAAAUGUAGAUUAUGUUUUUCAAUGUAAACAAAUAUUUUAAUUGUUCAGACAUUUCGGUCCUAUAUUCUAUAUAUAAGUUAUUUCCGUUGAAAAAAGUUCGACAUAGGAUUGAAUCGUGUCUGAAUAAUUAGAGUGUUGCACUUUUUUUAUAAUCUACAUUUGAUUAUUUAAUUUAUAGUACUGCCAUAUUUAUGAGAUUCGUAUUUUGGUUCUCAAAAGCCCUAUUAUAUCUUAUUUUGUAAUAUUGAUUUUAUCUUCGAUUAACGGACGUUGCGCGCUGCGAAGCGAUCGACGGCGAACUAUCGUCCGACGUUUCCGUGUUGAGCUCACGAUACAAAUCACAUACGGAUUCUGAUAUGAAGCCCGUGAUGAUAUCAAAUACGUACGUGAUAACGUCGAACGCGAGUUUGCGCUCGAUGAAAUCUCGACUAUUAUGAAAUCUCGGAGGAAUGAGCUGCUUGGGUUCCUCUCGCAGGAGCUUGCUGGUUCCACAUAAUCUAUAUGUGUGUGUGUGUGUGUAUACAUUUAACUGGAGAGUAGAUGUAAAGCGCAAGUAGAAUACGAUCGAACGAUGACUCGUGAUGGAAUCUCCGACGCAGUUUCGAAUGACACGAUGACUGGUCGUGGCAAACAGUCCAGAUGCGCGGAAGUUCAUUACGCUUGGCGUAAGACCCGAUGAUUGCGAUGAAGCGGCUCGACUUGUUUGCGUUAAAACACGAUCGGCUGUCGGGUGAAAAUGGGCAGAUCGUGUAAGACAAGAUAUUCGCGACAAGUCCUGUGUAUUUUUGCUAACUGUGCAAUGUUAUUCGUGCUGCUCGUAGUAACGAAUAAUAGGGAGUGUCAAGUAUAGCGUUGAGAAGUGUGAUAUGUGAUGAGAGAGUGCAUGAGAGCGAGAGAGAGAGUGAGAGAGAGAGAGAGGGGGGGGGAGAGAACGAGAGAGUUAUUCCCACAGGGAGGGGUGGGAGAAAGAGAGAACAUUAGUUUCAUAGUUGAAUUGUUUGUUGACGAUGCAUCCGCGUAUGAACGAUUGGACGGUUUGUUUUAUCAGAUAGAUGUCCAUUUUAUCUGAUACUUGCCAUUUAGCGUUCGUUACAUUUGACCCCGCGAUAGUGAUAAGCAAUUAGUGUUUUUAUCCGAUACUUUGCUCGGUUCUUACGUAUGUCUGUUGCGCAUUUUCCAAUCGCCGCUCGAUCUCGACGAUAAUUGUUCUUCGUUGAUUCUUCGUUGUUCACGAAUACGCGACAGAGGAUGAACAGGGUGUCGCAUCAUCGAUAUACAGGUCAUGAUAUGCACAUACAGCGAUGCAACAUCCUGUACAAAAGCACGUGCUUUAUCCUUGCCGAUUAGAUGUUAGUCGUAAUACCCGAAUAGUCGCUGAUCGUCCCCGAGGUAUCAAUAAUCAAACGAUAUGUUCGUGAUCGCGAGAAAUCCGCGCGAAUAUCAUCUCAAAAUCGAUACGAAAUACUUCAUUGCAUCGCGCGUUCGCGUUGAAUGUUAAUUUAUCUCGCGAGGAAUCAUUCAUAUCUUUGUAAAUAAGUACAACAUUUCCCAUACAACACGCAUGUCUCAAAGACGCUCAAAAUACGUCUAAAAUAGUAGAAUGUCUUUUGGACGUCUUUAAGAUUUGUAUUGAUAGUUCUUACUAGAAACUUAUCUCAGAUGAAAUAUUAAGGUAUGCAUUAGUAGUUAUUACUUGAAAUUUUUGCGUGAAAUACUCAGAUCUGAAUUUAGAGUCAGACCUGAGAACCAUAUUAAUAGUCCUCACUUGUGAAAUUUGUUUCACGCAAGAUACUCAGAUUUAAACUUAAAGUUAGAUUUGAAACAUAUGUUUCAUUUGUUAUAUGUUUACUUGAAACAUAUAACAUAUGCGACAUUAUAUUUAUAAUCGAGAUUUAGCUAAAAACUCGCAUUUAUUCUCUAAAUUCAAAUUUUAAUAUCUCAUCUGAGAUAAGUCUCAAAUAACAACUAUUAAUACAUAUUAUUUCUGAAACAUUCAAGUCUGUAUUAAUAAUCAUUAUUUGAAAAUUGCCUCAAGUGAGAUACUCAGAUUUGAAUUUAGAGAUAAAUGCGAGUUUUUCAGCUAUAAAAAAAACUUAAAUCUAACUCUAAAUUUAUAUCUUGUGUUGAAUAUCUUACGUGGAAUAAGUUCCAAGUAAUAACUAUUAAUACGAGUUGCAGUUGAUUCGCGUAAUAUACGUGACAUUAUAUUUGCAAUCAUGACUCUACUGAAAAUUUCAUAUCACUCUCAACUCAAAUAUGAGUAUUUCACUUGAAAGUUUCAUGUAAUAUCUAUUAAUAUGAGUCUAAAAUUUUAAUUUAGAGAUAGGUUUGAGUGUUUUUAACCAAAUUGCUGUUGCAAAUUCAAUGUCGCAUAUAUGAUAUGAUUUAAAUAAAAAAAAACUCAAAUCUAAUUCUACAUUACAAAUAAAGAAAAACUCAAAUCUAAUUCUACAUUCAGAUUUGAGUAUCUCGCGUAAGAUAAAUUUCAAAUGACAACUCUGAAUACGAACCUAAGAUGUCUUUAAGACUUAUGUGUUGUUGUCGGUUCGUUUCGUCUCGUACUUUUGCUCAUUCGGUCGAAAAAUCAUACGAACGUCUCGUUUGAUAAUUGUAUGUUAUUGUUGUCGGUGUUUGCUGACGAAUCGCUUCUUCCUUGGUUCCGGCGCCGAUACGUCGUGCGCGGAGAGAUCAUUCGCUUUCGAAAUCACAAUCCAGGUGGACCAAGGACAAUAUAGAGAGAAAGAAGGAAAGAGAGAGGAAGGAAGAGAUCGAUCGAAUCGACAUAGUAGUGAUUAGACUCGUCGGUUGUCUAUUUUUUCUGUUAUCGGCCGCACGAGAACGUGACGUAACGUAACGUAACGUAACAUAACGUAUAUAGAUGAAAGGCAUAUUUUAUAAUCCUCCGAAAGCGGCAAAGAGUCAGAUUAGAGCGGUAGUUUAAUGUCGUCUAAUAAGUGAAUAAAGUGUACCUUAAGGGCGAGCCGUGAGUCAUAGUAAGUUCAGUAAGUCCAGCGCAUCGUCGAAUAAUGUAUUUGACAAUGAAUGAGAAUAAAGAAUGAUUUUGCGAAAAACUGUCACGCACGGUGCGACGACCGCGCGAGACGGCGACUUCACUUAAAGUUGAGGUUCCGCUAUACUGUUUGCGUCAUAGUGUGAGUUCGCGUCAUCGCGCGAGUUAUUUGACGUGUGAUAAUUAUACAUCCGAAACGCGGAUAUCCUAUUGAGCAUUACUUGUAAUCAGCGACGCACACGAUCGUGAAAGAAAAUAAUAACGUUUAUCUCCGUA